GGAGCUUAGAGCGAGAACCGCAUGGAGCCGCUUCCCCAGGGUGGGGGGAGAGACCCCGGGGGUGGGGAGAGAGACCCCGGGGGUGGGGACAGGGUCAGUGCCCGGGCCCUGGGCCCCGGCUCCCCGCUUCCUGCAGCCGCUCGCAGCCCGGGCCCGGGCCCACGGGGAGACAUUCCCAAUCCCGAUCCCAUUCCCAAUCCCGAUCCCAUUCCCAAUCCCGAUCCCAUUCCCAAUCCCGGGGCCACGCCACUGUCUUCCCAUCCCCUUCCCGGAGUCAGAGACUCUCCCCUUCCCAAUCCCAAUCCCAGUCCCAGGGCAGAUUCCCCCAUUCCCAUUCCCAAUCCCAGUCCCAGGGAAGACUCCCCCAUUCCCAGUCUCAAGGCAGACUCCCCCAUUCCCAAUCCCAGUCCCAUUCCCAAGGCAGAAUCCCUCAUUCCCAGUCCCAAUCCCAGUCCCAGGGAAGACUCCCCCAUUCCCAGUCUCAAGGCAGACUCCCCCAUUCCCAAUCCCAGUCCCAGGGCAGACUCCCCCAUUCCCAAUCCCAGGGCAGACUCCCCCAAUCCCAGUCCCAAUCCCAGUCCCAGGGAAGACUCCCCCAUUCCCAGUCCCAAUCCCAGGGAAGACUCCCCCAUUCCCAGUCCCAAUCCCAGUCCCAGGGCAGAUUCCGUCUUUCCCAAUCCAGGAACCAAAGCCGAGAAUCCCAUUCCCAGUGCGGGAGCUGGGGGUCUGCACUUGGGAGCCAGUGCCGACAGUGUGGACCCUGACGUGUCGGAGGAGAGGCAGCGAUGUUCCUCUGGGAAACGGAAGAUCUCCCUGUCAGGGUGUGAAACAUGUGGCGGUGCAGAGGCAAAAUACAGGUGUCCUCGCUGUCUGGCCUAUUCUUGCAGCUUACCCUGUGUGAAGAAGCACAAAGCCGUGGAUGGCUGCAACGGAGUGCGGGAUAAAACAGCCUUUACACCCCUCAGUCACUUCACCGAGAUGCACCUCCUCAGCGAUUACAGGUUCCUGGAGGACACUGGGAGAUUGACAGACAUCGCAAAUCGUGACCACACUGUUCAUCGGCCGAGCACCAACAAAUUUCUAAACAUUAUGAAAAACAGAGCUCUGAAGCAUAACAUCAACCUGAAGCUUUUACCCAUUGGGUUUACAAAAAGAAGAGAGAAUUCAACGUAUUUCAAUAAGAAGGAGCAGAUGUUUUAUUGGCAUGUGAAGCUGCGAUUUCCUCACAGUCACACUGAGUACACAGAGAAGAGGGUGCCGAGCAUCAAGACUUUGCAAGAGUUACUGAGAAAGUACGUUGACCCGGUAGAGGCCGACCCAGUCAUCAGACAGAAGUUGAAGGUUUAUACGAUGGUUUCUCUCAGUGAAUUAAGAAUCUUGAUGAAGGUGGAGAAUCGGAAACAUAACUCUGUCCGAUAUUAUGAGCUGAAUUCAACUCAAAGUCUUAUUGAAAACCUGAGCCACAAAACAGUUAUUGAGUAUCCUACAUUACAUGUAGUUUUGAAAAUGAAUUCUCCAGAAUACAGGUUACUCAGUGAUGUGGAUUCCAAUGAAGAUGCCCAGAACAGUACAGACCCCUCCUCCGAGAGUUCACUGGAGGAAGGAGAGAUCAAAGACAACGCCGAAACAAAUCUCACUCUGAAUUCACGUUGUAAUCGUGAGGACCUUCCUGUUUGAGUAAGACUGUUGCUUGGUGUCACUUUCAGUACUUAUUGAUCCCAGAGUUGUAUUUGUACUUUAACUAAUUUCUUAAUUAAAUUUGUUAACUAUU